AUGCGUCACUUGUUGUGCCCUGUGCUGCUGCUCUUGUUGUUAUGUUGUGCCGGCACGUCCCUUGCCGCUGUUGUGCAGCACUUACCGCAGAAAGGAGAGAGUGCUUUUCAUGCGUACACUGUCGCCAACCAUGGGAAGAGUGGGAGAAACUGGAAGCCCAUUCACAUCGAAGUAUCCGCAGAGGACGUGGAUAAAGUGUUGAAGAGCUGUGACAGAAAGCGAGCCUGGGCCGAAAGGACUGGGAGGUCGUUUCUCAGGACUGAUGAGGAUAAGGCGCUGUGCGAUGAUGAAACUGGGAUAACUGAUAAAAAGAAGGACCUCCUACUGAACAAACUCUUACCCGAUGCGAUCCAGUUGCAUACAGAUCGUCUCAGCAUUGAACGGAAAGAGGGUAAGGUUGUGGUCUCUGCAAGCACCAUAAGGUCAUUUUCGACAGAAUGCAAGGUCACAGUUGCCAGUGAUCACAAAACAAAUGGUUUCCCCAAUGCUGACUUUGUGCUUUUUGUGGGCCUUGCCGCAUCUCAAACGCCAACAAGAAUAUGUUCUCAGGAAUUGGACAAACGGCCAACUUCUGCACUGAUCCAUUUUGUACCGAAAGACAUUGUGGACACGAGGCACUUUGUCCGCACAGCAGCGCAUGAGAUUGCACAUGGACUUGGUUUUCUGGUGAACCGUAUGAAAGAUCUCGGAUUGAUUAAAUACGGAGCAAUGGGAGCAAACAAGAUGGCUGUGUAUUCUAAAAUAAUGCAGAGGAAGAUGAGAAAACAUUACGACUGUGAGGUGGAACUCGUUACCGGCAUGUACAUGGAGGAUGAGGGUAAUGGUCAAUACACGUCGCACUGGGAGCGAAGGAUUGCGAAGGAUGAAUUGAUGAGUCCAUACACGGGAGAACCCUCUGGCAUGUACUACACGGCACUCACACUUGCAGCAUUCCAUUCCAUGCCCUUCUACAAGGCGAACUUCAACAUGGCAGAGUCGAUGAGCUGGGGGAAGAAAUCUGGAUGUGAUUUACUUCAUAAGACAUGUACAAGGAGCAAGUAUGAACUAAUGAAGUACACCAGCAUGUUCUGCGACGAAAACGAGCCUGUCUUGCAGUGCACAUCUGACCGUUUCGCCCUUGGAAUGUGUUCCUCCAUUUCUGUACUUGAUACCCUGCCUGAGGUGUACAGCUACUUUACAAAGACUGCUGGACAGAAUGAGAUGACGAAUGGCUGCCCCAUC